GUGUGUGAGUAUGUACUUUACAAAUUCCGCAUUACCAUUAUUAUUGGACACACGCCUCGCAAACUGACAGGACCAUGAGAGAUGACAGCAAAGAACAGUGACAAGCCUGGUCCUAGCGGUGGAUGUGUUUGUGUGUCUGCGUGUGUUUCCAUGUGAGAUUUGAAUCGAUGGUAUCGCUUGUCUGCGAAAGCUUGAAACUGUCGUCACAGAUGUUUGAACGUCGUCUGUGUUAGAUAAAUGUAAACACAUUCGUUUCAGUUGGAGCUUCUUGAUUCAAGCCGUUACCAUGUGGAAAAUUGCAUCUGUGUUCUGGCUUCUUGUAGGUUUGGGUGUCAAUGGUGUACCAGAUUUGACUAUAACUACAAAAACAGGGGAUAAAGAGCACGCUGAUACUAACGCCAAUGUGUUCAUCAUCUUGAUUUACGCUAAUGAAAAAAACUCCAAGCCUAUAUUAUUAGACGAUUUUUUUGUGAACGACUUUGAGCGAGGUGAUACUAACACCUUCUACUUGAAACACCGGGGUACAUUCAAUGACGUAUGCGCUAUCAGGAUCUAUCAUGAUAACAGUGGCUAUUCCCCUGCCUGGUAUCUGGAAUGGGUAAAGGUGAAAUAUCAUAAAAUGCAAAAAUCCCGGAAGUUUAUUAUCAGGAACUGGGUCCCAACAGAACAAGAAGAGAGUACUAUCAACUUUGUAAUACAGCGCACUCCACCGUGUAGCGCAGGUCCCCUGCCGUGAUGGAUCAAAGUGGCAAUGGUAGACAGCGGAUGACAAGGAUUGAGAGAAGUAACGUGGCUUUGGAGCAGAUUUCCUGAGGUCAACUUACAGUACUGGAAAUUUAAAUUUUAUUUUCGCUAUCGAAUCUUUGGAUGCAUUCAGGACUCAAACACUUCCUUUAAUUGCUUGUUUUUGUAGAAACAUGCUGGCAUGUCAUAAUAAAGACUGUCCGUUCUUCCAUUA